ACACCAUCCACGCUGCGCCCAAAUUGCUGCUCAGAUGAACGGAUCUUCCUUUGGUGCAGGAUAAACAUGCCUCCGCCCUCCACGAUUGAAAAUCAGCUUAUACGGGCUCUCGCAGACUGGGCAUCGAGAGCUUCACUACGUGACAUGGCUAACUAUGGAGCAGGACUAUGCAAAUUCCACCUAUUCUGCGACGUGUUCUCCAUCCCAGAGAUUCGUCGGCUACCGGCUUCCUUCGAGCUAUUACACUCAUUUGCCCUUUGGGCUCCAAUAUCUGUGAAGGUCGCACAGAAAUACCUUUCAGCGGUCCGUGCAUGGCACCUGGCUCAGGGCUGGUCCCCACCUCUGUCCGAAGAACAUAUGACACGCAUCAGCUGGUCCCUGCACGGUAUGGCAAAUCUUCAGCACUCAAAGCGUUCGCGGCCGCCACGACCACCGGUCACCCUAGCGAUGCUAGCUGCCUUGAAAGCUGCCCUAGACCUUACCGACCCGUUUGAUGCCUGUGUCUGGGCAGCCGCCGACUCAUCGUUCUGGGGAAUGAUGAGGUUCGGCGAAGUAUCUGUCAAAUCCCGAACGGCGUUCGAUGGCUCUUUGCACCUAAAACGAGCAGACGUUUUCUUCAGGCAAGACUUAGCUGGCCAACCGUACGCACAACUAGCCUUACCUUCGGCCAAGACCGCGCAACUGGGGCAAGUCCAGCAUGUUUUCCUCAAUGCACAGAUCAAUGUAUGCCCCCUCGAAGGGUUACGAAACCUCGCGCAGAUCAUACCGGACCCGUUAUUCUCAUGGAGAGACAGAUAUGGCAACAUACGCCCUCUGGUGUGCGACGCAGCACUCAAACGCAUCAAUGACAUUUUCUCCAUGCUGGGGUGGGGGACAGCUUUUGGCCACUCCUUCCGGAUUGGCGGCGCGUCAUUCUUCCUGGCAAAGAAAGUUGACCCAGAAAUCAUGCGACUCGCCGGGCGCUGGCGAUCACUCGCAUACGAGACAUACAUUCGGGCAUUCGAACAGAUA